AUGAAACAUCUCGCCGCGUACCUGUUGCUCCAGUUGGGGGGCAACGCGAGUCCCACUAAGGAUGAUAUUACUCAGGCUUUGAGUGCUGUGGGUGUGGAAGUGGACGGGGCCGAUUUGGACCGAAUGUUGGCCGAUUUGGAAGGUCAGGAUUUGGAAGCCCUGCUCGAAUCCGGCAACGCACUGCUCGCCACCUUUGGAGGCGGUGGUGGUGGCGGGGGAGCCGCGGCAGCCGGAGGCGAAGCCGCUGUUGAAGAAAAAGUGGAAGAAAAGGAAGAGGAAGAAGAAAUGGACCUCGGUGGUGGUAUGGAUAUGUUUGGCGCAGAGGAAGGUGGCGGUGGCGAUUACUAA